AUGGAAACACAUCUCAAAUAUCUGUUUCAACUUAAACCGCCAAAUUCAAACUCAACGCAACUUCUGGUUCUUAUGGUUAUGAGGAGGGCAUUUACAUUUGCCCUAAUAACUUGUCGUUAUUACACUUCUGCCAUUGUCUCUCUCCCCCGUACAGAGCACAGUCUCCUCCAUCUGCUUCAACUCUGCAUCGACCUUCGAGCUCAGAAACUCGCUCAACAAUCUCACGCUCAGAUCCUCGCCAAUGGGUAUGCGCAAAACGUUUUCCUCGCCACAAGGCUCGUCUCUGCAUACGCCACGUGUGGCGGGUUGAGAUCGUCAAGGUUCGUCUUUGAGUCCGUUGAGGCCAAGAACGUUUACCUCUGGAACUCACUGAUUAAUGGAUACGUUAAAAACCACAACUUUCACCAAGCCUUUGCUUUGUUCGGAGAAAUGGGUCGCAAUGGUGUGUUGCCCGAUGACUACACUCUCGCGACGGUUUUCAAGGUUUCCGGUGAACUUGAGGACUUGGUUUCCGGGAGAUUGAUUCAUGGGAAGAGUGUAAGGGUUGGGUUUGUGUCGGAUGUUGUUGUUGCGAAUUCUCUGAUGGCAAUGUAUUGUAGGUGUGGGGAGUUUGCUCAAGCGGUGAAAGUGUUUGAGGAAAUGCCUCAGAGGAAUGUGGGUUCGUUCAAUGUUGUAAUUUCUGGGUGUGCUGCCUUGGGAAUUUGUAAUUCUCCCUCUCAUGACGAUUUGUGGAAGUUUUUUGUACGAAUGCAAUGUGAGGGGUUUAUGGCCGAUGCUUUUACUGUUGCGAGUUUGCUGCCUCUGUGUUGUAGCGAUUCUGGUAAGUGGGAUUAUGGGAGGGAGCUUCACUGUUUCGUGGUGAAGAAUGGGUUUGAUUUGAAGAUGGGUUUAGAUGUGCAUAUGGGGUCUUCUUUGAUUGAUAUGUAUUCCAGGAGUAAGAGAGUUGUUAUCGGAAGGAAAGUGUUUGACCAAAUGAGAAACAGAAAUGUAUAUGUUUGGACGGCAAUGAUCAAUGGUUAUGUGCAGAAUGGAGCACCUGAGGAUGCAUUGGUUCUUCUUCGUGAGAUGCAAAUGAAGGAUGGUAUACGACCCAAUAAAGUAUCACUUGUUAGUGUGCUUCCCGCUUGUGCCUCGCUUGCUGGAUUAACAGGAGGGAAACAAAUACAUGGGUUUUCUAUCAAAAUGGAGUUAAACGAUGAUGUUAGCCUAUGCAAUUCUUUAAUUGACAUGUAUUCCAAAAGUGGGAGUUUGGAUUAUGCAAAAAGGGCAUUUGAAUCUGAUUCCUACUUCAAAGAUGGUAUUAGCUGGAGUUCAAUGAUCUCUGCGUAUGGAUUACACGGGAGAGGAGAAGAAGCUGUAGUUACGUAUCACAAAAUGCUUCAGGAAGGGUUCAAACCAGACAUGAUAACAGUGGUUGGUGUUCUUUCUGCUUGUAGCAAGUCAGGAUUGGUAGAUGAAGGCAUUAGUAUAUAUAAGUCGCUGAUGACUAAGUAUGAUAUAAAACCAACAGUUGAAAUUUGUGCUUGUGUUGUGGAUAUGUUAGGCAGAUCAGGCCAGCUUGAUCAAGCCUUGGAAUUCAUUGUAGAAAUGCCUAUAGAUCCUGGUCCAAGUGUUUGGGGAUCUCUUUUAACUGCCUCUGUAAUGCAUGGGAAUUCAAGGACAAGAGACCUGGCUUAUAGGCACCUUUUAGAGCUGGAACCUGAAAACCCUUCAAAUUAUAUAUCCCUUUCAAAUACAUACGCUUCCUCUAGAAGAUGGGAUGUGGUAAGUGAGGUGAGAACAAGGAUGAAAGAAAGAGGUUUAAAAAAGAUUCCAGGUUGCAGUUGGAUAAUUGUUGGUGGUAAGACUCAUUCUUUUUGUGUUGCUGACAAAGCACAUCCUUCGUCUAGUUUAAUAUAUGGAAUGCUUGAUGACCUCGUAUCAAUAAUGUCAGAUGGUUGUGCUGAAAGUGAUAUCCUGAUUUGAAUCUGCAAAUCUUAAAGUGUCUGGUGAACACUGAAAACUGGCCAGGCCAAGCAUUCUAUAUGCAGAUGAGAUGCAUGGAGGUUCACAUGCAGCCUUACCAUCGUGAAGAAGAAAACGGGAGGGGAGGAAAAACAUUUCCUUCAAAACAAGCCCAUUUUACAGCAUUGGUGUCAAAAGAUAGCAAAGAUCCACAUUCUGAUUUACGACCUGGAUGGCAAAGAUCUCCAUUUCAAAUAUAAUAGCAUUAGGAUUGAUUCAACAACAAUCCAUGCCACCACGGAAAAAAAAUUAUGUGAAUCAACUGUUUCAAAUUCUUUAGUUUCUCAGGGUUGUUAGUUUGAAUGCUUUUUUCGAUAGUUUACCAUAAUUAUCUGGGUGAAUGAUAAUUAUAUUCCGUCAAAUACAGGAUCAUGAAAUGGUGUUUAGGAGGAUAAAUGAAAGUGGAUACAGGAUAUAAGG